AUGAGUUGGCAGGGAAAAGAUCCAUCUACAGAUUUGUGUUAUCCGCAGCUGGAGAAAUCAUUAAGAUAUCAAGAUAUGCUUAUUCAGAUAGAGAAGUCAGUGAGCCUCGAAACUACUAAGAAUAUUUUUUGUUUAAUCCCUAUUCUUGGUUGGAAAUCCAUUUUGUACAGGAAACGGCUUUUUCAGAAGAUUAAUGAUCUCCCCACCGUGUUCGAAGUUGUUACAGGGGCGCCUCCUCGACAGCCUGAGUCCCAACCCAAAGCAAUUAAGAUGGCGACACCAAAGGAUGAAGACGAGGCGGGGGGUGAGGAAGAAGAAGAACAAGAGGAGGACGAUGAACAUAUCAAGCAAUACAAAUUCCCUACCUGCAGUAGCUAGAGGGCUAGGGUUUAAUAUGGCCAUAUUGAUGGUGUAGAAAUGGUUAGUCUUAACUUUAUCGAAAGUUGGCUAUACAAUCAGUUUAUACAUUAGAAGACCGGGCGAUCCCUUGAACUUUUGUAAUUAUUUUGCCUAGAUGUUGCUCAUGAAUUGUUGUACUCUUUAAGGAAGUUUUCGGACAGCAGCGCUCUCUUAUUUAGAGAUGGGAUUAUACUAUGUCAUUGUCCAUUCUUCUAAUUCUUCUUUUUGUUGUGCUUUCUGGUUGAGUUUUC